AUGAUGAAUUCCUACACUUGUUUUCUCGCUUUCUUCUUUAUCUUGCUUGUCUCUGUAAGCUGCAAUAACAUUAUCCAAGAAGCUUGCAACAAAGCUGUAAAGAGUGAUUCCCAACCCAAAGUAACCUUCAACUUCUGUGUUGGGAGUCUACAGAAGCAUCCCAAGGGCGAAACGGCCAGAAGCUAUGAUGAUUUGGCUCCUAUCACGCUUCACAUAAUGAAAUCAGCAGCCAAACAUAGAAUUAAUGGGUACUUAAAGGCUAAAGAUUAUUUUUCGGCUAAGACUGGUGCUAGCGGACUGGUUACUAGUUCGGUCACUUGUGAAGAUGUGUUCAAUGAGGGCAAAAAGACAGUAUCGCCAAUUGCAAAGGAGAACAACGAUUUCUGUCGGCUGGCAAUAAUGCUUCUUACCUUCAUACCUGACGCCAAAUCCGAAUAA